CCUGACAAGGAAGUAAGCAAAGAUGAGGGUUUCCACCAGUAAGCUACAGCAGCUCACCAUCUUCACCACCUUGCUGACUGGUGGAGGGAUGGGUACCAUGUACUAUCUCCAGCAGAAUAAAGAUUCCUGUGACUGGGUCAAAAACUGGAGGUUAUCUGUAUACGUUUUCAAUUAGAGAUCCUAAUACGUACGGGACAAAUCGCAGCCAUGAGUGAAUUGGAAGAGUUCAUGACAUUUUUCGGUCAAUAUGAUAACACCACUGAUGGGAAUUAUGUGGUCAGUGAAACUGUCCGGCUCUGUUCAAAGAGGGAUGUCAAUGAGUUUGGCGCGAGAUUCAUCCCAAUUUUCUACUAUACCAACUUCAUCCUGAGUUACAUCGGCAACGGUCUUGUCCUCUUCAUCAUCUACAAGUAUGAGAAGCUGAACACGGUGACAAACGUCUUCCUCCUGAAUUUGGUCCUCUCCAACAUUCUCUUUGCCUCCAGUCUGCCCUUCUUGGCGAUUUACCAUCAGUCUGAGUGGAUUUUUGGCUUGGUUCUGUGUAAGAUAGUCAGCAGCGCUUACUUCAUUGGCUUCUACAGCUCCAUCCUCUUUCUCACACUUAUGACAUUUGACCGAUACCUUGUAGUGGUGCAUGCAGUGGCAGCUGCCAAGAGCAGGAGAAGGUCAUACGCCAUCAUUGCAUCUGUGGUGGUUUGGUGCAUCAGUAUUCUAGCAAGUGUGAAAGAGCUCAUUCUCCAAAAUGUGUGGACGAGCCCGUCCAGCGGAAUCAUGUGUGAGGAGCUAGGAUACCCUGAGGAGACCAUGGACCGCUGGCGUCUGGUCACUUACUACCAACAGUUCCUGCUCUUCUUCCUCCUCCCUCUGUUCAUGGUGAUGUACUGCUACAUCUCCAUCACCGUCCGCAUCCUGUCCACCCGCAUGAAGGAGAAGUGCCGCUCCAUCAAGCUCAUCUUUGUCAUCAUCUUCACCUUCUUCGCCUGCUGGACACCCUACAACAUCGUCAUCCUUCUUCAAGCCAUUCAGAUCUCCAGCACCAGCGAGGAUGAAGACUCAUGUUCCUCUAGCUUGGACUAUGCACUGUAUGUGACCCGGAACAUAGCCUAUUUGUAUUGCUGCAUCAGUCCCGUGUUUUACACGUUCGUGGGAAAGAAGUUCCAGAGCCACUUCAGAAGGCUGGUGGCAAAGAACAUCCCCUGUCUGAAGAGACACAUUAGUAUCAGCAGCCAGAGCACCAAAACCACAUCACAGAGGACACCACACUCUGACUACUAGACACACACACACACACACACACACACACACACACACACACACAUACAAACACCAGACGAUACUGUAAAAAAUGCCAAUUUAUAUUCUUUCGUAUAUAUAAUUACAAGUUACAGUAUAUAUUACAACAAAAAACCAACCAACACAUUAUUUUCACUUUAACAAAAGUUAGUCCUGAUAACAAAACAUCUGCUUCUCACAUUCAGACUGUUACUGUUAUAAGAUGAAGGCUUGUUGUGUGUCUUUUCGUACAUGUCCUCUGAGAAACAAAUACUACCAAAGUGAAAUCUGUCUGCUUCAAAAUAUGAUGCUUUGCUAGAGUUAUCCCUGUAGUGUAAUUUCUCAGCUCUCAUUGGUUGUUUUCAUUGAGGCCUGGUGGCUUCUUGCAAAUGCCAUUAGGAGCACUAGGAGGAGCCGGAUUUUUUCACAGAUUAUAUGUAUCUAUGUACUACUGUCAGGAUAAUGAAAGUUUCAGCAAAUAUGACAAAGUUAUUUUUAUAAAAGUUAUCUACUGCAGCUUUAAGGCUAGGACUAGUGUUAUUCUAUAGGUUGGGUAUAUACUUUUCAUGUUGUCAAUGAAUCCCAUGAAAAGACCAAAACCAACAAUGUGUUAGUCUGUCUCUCAGUAAUUUCUGGCUCAGUACCUGAAGAGUGGCCCUCAGUCCCAAGCCCACUGGUUCCUACCAACAGCUCACAAAUAAAUAGUUUAAUUUCCAAAAGACUUAAAAGGGCAUUAAGUGGCAUCUAGCAGUGUAGUUGCAGAUUGCAGUGAAGGACACAGAGGUUUAUGUAAUCUUAAAGGUUGCUUUUCUUGAGGAACUUUAAGUGGUCUGUGGUAAUAUGUGGAGCUAAAUGAUUAUUUACUUGUUGAUUCAAUGUUGAAUGUAACGUGCAUGUUUAUAGCAAUGUGAUGCAUUGACACAUCUUAUCCAAGUGCUUUAAAAUAAACUGUAUCUUAAUCUUUCAAUAAAUAUACCAGUCACUGUUCCCGA